AUGAACUGUUUUCUUUCUUUCUUUCUUUCGUUCUUUUUCAGUGUCUCUCCUUUAUUUCUCUUUCCAUGUCUUUCCUUCCUUUUAUUUGCUAAUGCGUUUUUCCUUCUCUUUCACUUGUCGUAUCUCAUUCCUUCAAUUUCGUCUCUUUUCCUGACUGUGAUAUCUUUCCCUUUUUGCUCUCCUCUUCUUUCAAUCACUCCCCCCCUCUUAGGCUUUGACGUUGCCCGUCUCUUGACCUUUUCUCUUUUCUUCUUUCUCUGUCUCUUGGACAUUCUAUUUUUUCCUCUCUCUCUCUCGUUCAAUUUAUUUCACUCUUUCUUCUUCUUCUUCUUCUUCUUCUUCUUCUUCUUCUUCUUCUUCUUCUUUAGUUUAAUUCUCUCUUCUUCUUCUUCUUCUCUCUUGUUCAAUUUAAUUCUCUCUUCUUCUUCUUCUUCUUCUUCUCUUGUUCAAUUUAAUUCUCACUUCUUCUUCUUCUUCUUCUUCUUCUUUUGUUCAAUUUAA